GAAGCUGUCAGACGGAUGACUAGCUGUUAGUAAACAGAGACUUCUAUCAUGCAGACAACAAUGAACUGAGUGCGGUCAUUGAUCGCUAUGACAAAACAGACAAAGUUUCCUUUAAUAUUUCCAGAUGCACUGUUUCAAAAUAUUCAGAAUGGAAUCGCUAAAAGAAUCACACACCAUGAUUCUGUCAAAUCAGGAAGAAUUGCUAGGGCUGCAGAUUCAUUGGACGUUGAUCUUGAUGCAUUUCCUACAUUGGAACCAGCCUUAACGCCGGUCACAGAACUAUGGCUGACCAUUCUAUAUGUGUCAUUGUACGGGUUACUGUUUUUCAUGGUGUAUUUUCAGUUGUGGAUGAUUUGGUACUACCGACAUAAGAGACUUAGUUACCAAACAGUGUUUCUGUUCCUGUGUUUGGUAUGGACAGGACUGAGAACAACCCUAUUUUCAUUCUACUUCAGUGAUUGUAUCUUAGUCAACAACCUCCCACUGCCCUUUACCUGGCUGCUUUAUUGUUUCCCGGUUUGUUUACAGUUCACUACAUUGUGUCUGCUAGUGUUAUUUUUUGCACAGGUUGUGUUUAAAGCUAAAGCGAAGUAUGAACCUAGUCAGUAUAAACGCCCAUUACGCAUUGGCAUAGCCUUGGCUAUCCUUGUUUUCUUCAUCACCAACAUGACAGCGGCCAUUGUGGUGAACUAUCAGUCUAUACAGUACCACUCUGUACCUAUAUCUGUGAUCAUAGUGCGAGUGUCUAUCAAUGACAGUUUGUUUGUCAUGUCUGCCACUGUCCUGUCUGUGUGUAUCUACAAAAUGAGUCGCAUGGCUUCAGCGCACGUAGUUCUGGAGGCUAAGGGGACAACAUUGUGUCAGGCGAUGACUACAUCGAUUGUGAUUAUCCUGCUGUUUACGUCGCGUGCUGUGUACAAUGUUAUUGCCCUGCUGCCCUAUACCAAGGAGAAGAUGCCGUCAUUUGGUUACAACUGGGUCAAUGUCUCGGACCAGGCGGACAUCAUUGACCUUGACGGAGGUUAUGCUUAUGUAUCUUUCGGGAUAGUGCUUUUUGUAUGGGAGUUCCUGCCUACUCUCAUCAUUGUUGUGUUUUUCCGUGUCAAAAAGCCUCCUACAGAUUCAGCAUUAUGUGAUAUAGCAGCACAGCAUCAGAACAGUAGAUCUUACUUCUUUGAUAAUCCUAGACGCUAUGACAGUGAUGAUGAUCUCACACGGAGCGCUCACUCCAGAGCCAGUAAUUAUGACAUCAAUUAUGGACAAGCUUCCAUCAACAAUACUGAAGGGCCAAAGACCACACCAAGGGGGACACCAAGGGGAACUCCCUGGGGAACCCCACGGGGAAACACGUCAAACUAUGGUGCCACAAACGUUGGCAGUUUUACAGGAAGAGUAGCAGGAUAUGGAUCUCCGGCAACAGCCAAUCAAGGUGUCCAGAACCCCGGCUAUCAGAACCCAGCUGAGUGAUGGGCUUUAUUUCUAUUUGGACAAGUGUAGUAGAUUUCUUCACUGGCUAGGACUGGCUAUUUCUGUCUAGCUACAUGGACUGGUCAUCUCUCUAGAUACCUGGACUGGUCUCUAGAUAUCUUUAGAGUCCUGUCAGUGUCGUACGGCACACGAAAGCUAGUAUUGUGGGUCAGUGGAAGGCUGAAGUCCAAAUUGAGUGUGCGGUCAGUUGUAAAUUUUUCAUUGAGAAUAUGUCCAGUUGAGUAGUGAGAUUAUUCUUAUAUAUUACAUAUAUUGGGAACUUUGUUUGAUUGUUUACUGAAGAGCGUGUCUAUAAAAAAUAUUCCUUUUCCAACUUGGCUAUACCUGUAUUAUUUCGUGUAUCUUUUGACUGGUUUCUCUCAUAACAAAUAGAAGCUAUUGUGCCAUAUUGGCUGUUUAUUUUUAAAAAUUCUGUCUAAAUGACAAUUCUUUUAGGGUUAUAGUUGUGACAGGUAAACUUGUUCAGAAUAUUGAUAGCCAUUUGUGACAGGUAUACUUGUUCAGAAUACUGGUAGUCAGUUGUGACAGGUAAACUUGUUCAGAAUAUUGAUAGCCAUUUGUGACAGGUAUACUUGUUCAGAAUACUGAUAGUCAGUUGUGACAGGUAAACUUGUUCAGAAUACUGAUAGUCAGUUGUGACAGGUAAACUUGUUCAGAAUAUUGAUAGCCAUUUGUGACAGGUAUUCUUGUUCAGAAUAUUGAUAGCCAUUUGUGACAGGUAUACUUGUUCAGAAUACUGAUAGCCAGUUGUGAUGGGUAUACUUGUUCAGAAUACUGAUAGCCAGUUGUGGCAGGUAUACUUGUUCAGAAUACUGAUAGCCAGUUGUGGCAGGUAAACUUGUUCAGAAUACUGAUAGUCAGUUGUGACAGGUAUACUUGUUCAGAAUACUGAUAGUCAGUUGUGACAGGUAAACUUGCUCAGAAUACUGAUAGCCAGUUGUGACAGGUACACUUGUUCAGAAUACUGAUAGCCAGUUACGACAUGUAUACUUGUUAGGAAUACUUGUAGCCAGAUUAACUUUGAUUUAAAUAAGAGGUUCAGUUUUCCUGUAGAAGUAAAAUGUAUGAGACUAGAGUUUUAUAAUGAAAGGGGUUGUUGUACCAGGUAUUCCCACAUCAAAAACUCAAUAUGAGAUGAUAUAGAUUACCUGGUUUGAGAGUUUUUCAUAUUCAAGUACUGCUGCCUAGUACAGACACAUUUACUAUAUUUUGGGAGCUCACAGAUUUCCUGUUGGCCUGUCACAUUUCAAUAAGAUUUGUUUACCACAAAAUUGUUUUAUCAAUAUUUUAGCAUCGAGAACAUUCCAUUUGGACUAUUGUAUUUCUAUUUGUUUUUUAAUUCUUCUUUUACUUUGCAUUUCAUACACUGUGUAAAGGAAUACUUUGUAUAGAUGUACAGAGAUUUCCACAGUCUAUGUAAACCUGUUAACACAUAAUAUAACAUCUUUUGUACCCUGCUACUUUAUGAUUAUAUGAAUUAUUGUCGUUACUUUUGACACCUGAUUAAGUCACAUUGUAUGUAUUUUCAUUGUCUUAGUAAGUAGUUUUCACUGCUAUUUCUCAAAGUUGGGUUGUUAUCAAAAUGAUAAGAAUGUUUGAGCUGUCAUUUGAGUUUAACAGCUUCUGUAAAGAAGUAUAAGUUCUGUUACUUCAAUCAGCAAGGUAAACUUACCAAAUCAAAUAAAUAUCAGGUAUUGCUAUUAAUGUAAUAAUCUGUGAUUUGUUUCUGGAUUAUACUAUACACUUUAUAACAUCACAAAUCUGUGAUAUUUAGGCUUUUUUUUAGAAACAAUUUUCCUAAACUUAUAUUUUAAGGAUCAUAAUGUUGGCAGUGUAAUGUUAAAUGCUGUAUAUUUGUAAAAUGAUUGAAUAUUUAAACAUUUUUGUAAGGUACUGUAUAACACUGACACAUUCAUUUGUCUUGUAAUGAUAAAACAACUUGCUGAUUCAAACUCUGUGGUGUUAAAUUUAAACAGUUAUUUUGACGGUAUAAAAUUGAAAUACAUUUGUACAAUAACAGUACCGUUGCAUUGUCAAUGUAGUAAAUUAGAGAAAUAUACUGGGAACGGUAAAUCUGUGUCAUGUAUGUCAAAUAAAUAACCAAAAGUAGCAUAAUAUGAUAUAACCAUGCACUGCCUACAAUCGGAUAGUGUUUUGAUUUUAAUUUAUUCCUACAUGUCCCUAGGGUACAGAUAUAAAUCUGUUUUCUAUUUUAAACCAAUCAAAAUCUGCAAUUUGUUUAACACAUCUUUUGGUGGACAUAUUUCUAGCCAGUAUCAAAUACUUUCCUCAGCUUCGCCUAAAUAAUAGGAUAAUUGGGCUUGUCUAUUUACAUACAAGUGCUGAAAAUUCCUCCAGUUUUUAACCAAUCACCACUUUUGAUAUCUUGCAGCCCCUGAUGUCUCGAUAGUUGUAAGUACAUAAGGUUGGCUCAUUGUGUAAGGCACUAUUUAACCACUUUGAAUUUACACACACACAUUAUCAAAAUUUGAUUAUCAUUUACUAUUGAAUUUACUGAUUAUGACAUAUAUUUAUGAACAUUUUUCUCAAUUUUUUAUACUAAAAUUAAAUUGUGAUAUACUUAAAUUCAUCGUUUACAAAGGUUGAGAAUUACAUGUAGAAACAUUCCUCUCCUGAAUAGUUACUCCUGCUAUGUUGUCUGAUUAUUGAAGGAAUUGUACAGUAUGUACUUGAUGUAUUUAUCAGUGUUAAGUCGGUGGUUCUUCAUGCAAUCUGAACUGUAUCAGUGACAAGUCAAAGAUCCUUCAUGUAAGAUCCACCGAUCUUUGUAUGGUACAACAGUUCAUGGCUCUAUUUUCCUUUGUCUUCCUUCCUUACAGUUACCAGAUAUAGAUAAGGAUUUAUGGGGUUUUUAAUGACUCUGCUUAAAAUGAUCUGUGGUGAUAUCAAUGUCAUUACGUCAAAAUGUUGUUAUAUUGUCAUUACUUCGCGUCAGUAUGUCGUUAUAUUGUCAGUAUGUCAAUAUGUUAUGUUGUCAGUAUGUCAAUAUGUUAUAUUGUCAGUAUGUCAAUAUGUUAUAUUGUCAGUAUGCCAAUAUGUCGUUACUCAAGUAUAUUGUCAAUACGUCAAUGUUAUAUGUUAGUAUGUCAAUGCGUUAUGUUGUUAGUACGCCAAUGUGUUGUUAUAUUAUCAGUAUGUCAAUAUAUUGUUAUAUUGUCAGUACGUCAAUAUGAUCUGAUAUUGUCAGUAUGUCAGUAUGACCUGAUAUUGUCAGUAUGUCAGUAUGACCUGAUAUUGUUAGUAUGUUUCGGCUAGAUAGAUAUUCUGGUUUACAAUGAUCUGUCAUGAUAUUGUCAGUAUGUCAGUAUGACCUGAUAUUGUCAGUAUGUUUCGGCUAGAUAGAUAUUCUGGUUUAGAAUGAUCUGUCAUGAUAUUGUCAGUAUGUCAAUACGUCAUUAUAUUGACAGUAUGUCAAUAUGUCAUUAUAUUGUCCAUAUUGUUAAUUUAGUGUGCUCUACUUUUUGGAAGUUUCGCAGUUAGAGAAAAGAACACAUUGUACAUACAUAAUCCACAGUGUAUGGGUAACACUGCAGGAUAACAAAUCAAUGCCUGUAAAUCCAAAACCUAUAUAAACAAAAUGUUCAGUUAAUAUUAUGCUAUACAUUGCUAUGUAAAUUGAAAUUUUCCAAUCUGACCAUUUCUGAAUUCUGACCGAAAAGUUGUUCCUAGUAGAAAGUAUCUCUAAGAACUGAAAAGAUCGGCCUUAAGGGAUUGAGUAAAGUCCUCCUAAUUGUGUGUCUAUUGUGUAAUUGUUUUGUCUGUUGGUGUACGGCAAAAUGGAAACCCUUUGACAUCUCUUGUAAAGUAAUGCAGACUAAAUCCUGUUGUAUUUUCCAAUGUGUCAAAUUGUUGUGUAGGGUUUAUUAAGAAGGCUGUGAAGGUUGAAAAAUAGCUACAUAUUUAGUGCAAUAGGUAAUGAUUAGUUAUUGUUGUAAUUACAGUAGAAUUAUACCAAGUGUUGAUCCCUAUACUCAUCAUUUUAAACAAUAUACAGUUCAACUGACAUUCAUACCUGUAUCUUUUACACUUAAAGUGAAUCACUUUCAAAGCAACAACACAAUAUAAAAAAAAACUAUACUUCUAUUCCAUGUAUAUACAUAUUCACAUGUCAUAACCAUUUGUAACAGUUCUGGAAAAAAAAAAUUGGCAGACCCGUAUAAUUAGGUGUCGGUCUGGUUUCUGUAUUGUCUUGAAAGUGUCUGACCUCUCCAGGUGUUGACCUGGUCUCAUCUGAUAUCAAUAUCUUCUAAGGAAAGUGUACAGCCUCAUCAGAUAUCGGCCUAGACUCUAUAUUGUCUAGGGAAAGUGUACAGCCUCAUCAGAUAUCAGACUGGACUCUAUAUUGUCGAGGGAAAGUGUGUGGCCUCCUCAGAUAUCGGCCUGGACUCUAUAUUGUCUAGGGAAAGUGUACAACCUCCCCUGGUGUCGGCCUGGACUCUAUAUUGUCUAGGGAAAGUGUACAACCUCCCCAGAUAUCGGCCUGGACUCUAUAUUGUCGAGGGAAAGUGUACAGCCUCCUCAGAUAUCAGACUGGACUCUAUAUUGUCUAGGGAAAGUGUACAGCCUCCCCUGGUGUCGGCCUGGACUCUAUAUUGUCUAGGAAAGUCAGCAGCCUCCUCCGAUAUCGGCCUGGCCUAUCGUCUAGGGAAAGUGUACAGCCUCCCCUGGUGUCAGUCUGGUCUCUGUAGUAUCUUGGGAGAGUGUCCAGCCUCCCCACGUGUCAGUCUGGUCUCUGUAGUGUCUUGGGAGAGCAUCCAGCCUCCCCUGGUGUCAGUCUGGUCUCUGUAGUAUCUUGGGAGAGUGUCCAGCCUCCCCUGGUGUCAGUCUGGUCUCUGUAGUGUUUUGGGAAUGUGUCUGGCCUCCCCAGGUGUCAAUCUAGUCUGGUGUCUGUAGUGUCUUUGGAGAGUGUCCAGCCUCCCCACGUGUCAGGCUGCUGUCUGUGUUGUCUAGGGAAAGUGUCUGGCCUCCCCAGGUGUCAAUCUAGUCUCUGAAGUUUCUUGGAAAAUGUACAGCCUCCCCAGGUAUUGGCCUGAUAUCUAACCAGUGUCCAUUCUUUCUAUGGGAUAACAUCUAAAAUAUCCAACUCGACCUGAAAAUGAGUUUGUUUUAUCACUCACUGCAAAGGAAUGUCAUUGGUUGGUAUGUCCUUGUUUUCCUGUUCUGAUUGAAUCCGUUUUUAUUUGUGUUUCAUAACCUUUGAUGCCAGUAUUUAUACUUCACCUACAUUUCCUUCCCUUAUUUAGAUUAGUGGAUAUACACAUAUUUGAAAUAUAAAAGCAUCUUCAAUUAAGCUUGACAUUGGUGUGUGAGCUGAAUUUUGAAAUGAAACAAAUUCAAUGUCCCAAAUUAUCAGAAUUUUAAGCAGGUGUUUAGGUUACAUGAGGCUUUGCUACUUAAAAUUUGUUUGAUUGAGAGAGUUGAUUACUGGUACCCCUAAACAAGUAUAUUAAAUAUAUUCAAUGUAUUGUUUUGCUUUGCUUGAAGACUUGCAGAGUUAUGGCCCUUCACACGUUGAUUACGAACUUGACCUUGUCACCAUGACUUUAGUAAAUAUGGAUGGAUUUCAAUGGGAUUUGGUGUGCUAAGAGCUUGAUAUCAGUAAGUUCCAGAACAAUUUGCACAUUGAGACCUAGUUUUAGACAAAGAGAUAUGGCCCUAGUUUACUGUUUGGAUUUAGGCUCACGAUAUUUGGCCAGUAGCAUGAUGGGAUAAAGGGCCACCAAUUUUAUUCAACAGUAUGACCUUGGCCUACUUUUAAGGUCACAGUGUUCAAAUAUGUUAAUUAUUCAACCGCUUAAAGUUAACAGCAAAAAAAAAUCAUCUAUCAAUAUACUUAUCAGGACUCAGGUGAUCGAUAAGGUCCAUGGGCCUCUAAUCUUAUCUUAAUUUGUUUAAAAUGGUUAUGAGUUGUGCUGUUUUGAGACCAUUACAGUACAGACCUUGCUGCUUUGAGAUUAUUACGGUACAGCCCCUAAGCUUGCUGUUUUAAAAAAUAUAUUGUCAUGCUGUUUUGACAGUAUUACAGUAAAGACCAUUAUGUGUUGAGAGCAUACUGUAUGAAGUGCGCUGUUUUGAGAGUAUUACUGUAUGGACCAUGCUGUUUUGCGAGAAUUACAGUAAAGACCUUGCUUGUUUGAGAGUAUUGCAGUAUGGACCAUUCUGUUUUGCGAGUAUAACAGUACAUAGCAUUCUGUUUUGAGAGUAAUGAAGUGUGGACCUUGCUGUUUUGAGAGUAUUACAGUACAGAAUAUUCUGUUUUGAGAGUAUAAGAGUAUGGACAAUGCUAUUUUGGGAGCAUUACAGUAUGGACCAUGCUGUUUUUGAGAGUAUAACAGUACAUAGCAUUCUGUUUUGAGAGUAAUGAAGUGUGGACCUUGCUGUUUUACGAGUCUUGGAGUACAGACCUUGCUUGUUUGAGAGUAUUGCAGUAUGGACCAUGCUGUUUUUGAGAGUAUAACAGUACAUAGCAUUCUGUUUUGAGAGUAAUGAAGUGUGGACCUUGCUGUUUUGAGAGUGUUACAGUACAGAGUAACCUGUUUUGAGAGUAUUUCAGUGUGAGACAAGCUAUUCCAAAGAUAGUAACAAUGGUGUUUUGAAAAUAUCAAACUAUUUGAGACAUUUACUAUAUGAAAUAUGAUGUUUUGAUGGCUGUAAAAUGCAUUGCUUUUUUAUAAUCAUUGUGUAUAUAACCAUUCCUUAAGCCAUAGUUGUGAUACUUAUAGAAGGUCAACAUUGAUGGGGUUUAUAAGCAACAUCUCUCGUUCCUGCUAAUUUUUAUUAAGUUGAAUUUAAAAUGAUUUACCGGUUAUGAUUGUUUAUAGUCUUGUUUUCCAGGUGAAUCUGUCCGUACCUUUAUUUUUGGACAGUUUUUGGAACGACUGGUCUAGGCUAUUUUGUUACAGUUUACAUACAACAUUGUUAUUAAUAUAUAAUAUUAUCAGCGUAUAAACUAUUUGUAAUUUCAACCAUUAUUGCAGUUUUUUCAUGUCGGCAAAUAUAUACCUAUCACAUACAUAUAUAGAAACGUUGUGUAACAUAUGCAAAAUCUACCCAAAAUGUGAGGAGUUGUAGGUAACCAGUGUUACAAUAGAGUGUAGUACUACUCAACAUGUUUCUGUAUAUAAAAUGUGGUGUCUGUGACAAGCAAGCUCAGAAAUAUAUGAAGCACAUUUUGGUAAGUUGUUUUAAGAUCACUAAGUGUUUAACGAGUGUUGUUGUUAAAUUUUUAAAGGAUUUUUCCAAAUGUAAAAAUUUACACACCUAUAAUGUGAUUUAUGGUUUGGUUGUGCUACUGUAGUGCUUCAUUUGACAUAGGCAAUCAAACACUGAAGGCACACAACACAAAUUAGACGAGCCAGCAAAAAUUACUAGGAUAACUGUGGUACAAUAUUAGGAUGUUAUAGUGUUACUCCUGUACAAGAUGAACUCUGUGACCAAGAAAUGAUUGUGCAAUGUUUGCCCAACCUCUGAAAUUACCAGAAAAAAUGUUUCUUUUAUGUUCAAAAGAAAUCCAAUUUGCUAACACUCGCAUUGAAUUAUUCUGGAGGCAGUUUACCAUUCAAUGGUAAGGUCUAUUUAUAUUUAUCAGCACUGAGGUACAAGGUAUAUGUAUUAUGGACAGAACAGAACUUUAUUUAACAGAUGGAUACAUUUGAUACAUAACAACAUCAGAAUAGAUAAUUGAUGUUGUAUAAUAAUGAUAAGUUGAAGCUUUGUAUAUGGCUAUAUCACAGCAACAUAGUCGUCUCGGAGUAGCUCACAAAUUAUUAUCCUUGGUCAAGGAAUAUUAUGUAACUAUAGGAGUUCAAUAAUAACAUUUUCCAUCAUGAAAAAAGUCGUCAGAAUUAAAAAAAAAAAUCAAACUUUAACCUUACUUUUGCAGUACAAUCAGUUCAUCUAUCAAAUCAAAUUCUUUUAAAAAAUGUUGUAACACUAGUCAGUGAGCAGUGGAUUGUGUAAUACGUGAUUCUAAGGUUCAACAGUAUUCAAUGUGAUCAUAUUAGAAUUUAAAAUAUACAAAAUUAGUGCAUGCAUUCCUCAACAGAAGACAAAGGUUAUAUCUGUAGAAAAUGUUCUAUAGUUUUAUGUAUCGCUGCUUUUUUUUUAUCAUAAAGUAAUUUUAAGUUAACACUUUAACAUUCAUUGCGGAAGCUUUGAAUAGCUAAGUAGAUGUUUUUAUCUGUGUACUGUGAAACUCUAUGCUAUGUGAUAUAGUGUUCGUGUAUGUUGUAAGAUUUUUUUGUCAAUAUUAAAACAAUAAAGAUAAGAAAGUACAUGAG